AACAUCAAUUUUUCUAAAAAGUUACGCACAUAAAACAACGCCACGUCUUCGUGGACGAGGAGGAAAUAUUGGACGGCGGACUUGGAAUUCACAACUGGUCCAGAAUCGUCGGUUAAAUAGAUCGGCAGAAGAUCAAUUGACGGACAAUGAAAAUCUAAGAAACCAAGCUGCAAUCACGCGUACUAAUGAAAGUCAAGAGCAACGCAAUGAACGCCGUCGAGCUAAUGCGUUGAGACAAAGACUGGCCCGUCAACGAGUCAAAUAA